AUGCCGUCCGUUGAAGCAGCGGAGAGCUCCGCCGGCCGUGACCUGGAAAACAAAUCUCUGGGAUCAGUCAACAUUGAUAGAACCGAAUCACUUUCAUCAGGUAUCAUCCAACCAGAGGUUAAAAAAAGAUGGGUGUCCUACUUAUGGGACACGUUGGAUAAGUCGCCGGAAGAAAGGCGGUUCUUGUUCAAGCUCGACGCCGUGCUUCUUUCGUUUGCUUCGUUGGGUUACUUCAUCAAAUAUCUCGACCAAGUGAAUAUUAACAAUGCAUUUGUCUCUGGAAUGAAAGAAGACCUUGGUCUGUUUGGAAACCAGCUGAAUUACAUGCAAACUUGUUGGACUGUAGGAUAUGUCAUUGGGCAGAUUCCGAGUAAUAUCCUGUUAACUCGGAUUCGACCGUCUAUCUGGAUUCCAUCAUGCGAAGUUACCUGGGCAGUCUUGACGAUUCUGAUGGUAAAAUGCAACAAUGCGCAACAGAUUUACGUACUGCGAUUCUUCAUCGGACUUGCUGAGAGCACAUUCUACCCUGGGAUGCAGUACAUCAUUGGAUCAUGGUACCGCAAAGAUGAGCUCGCCAAACGAUCUUGCAUCUUUCACACCAGCAGUGCUAUUGGGACAAUGUUAUCAGGCUACCUUAUGGCUGCGGUGUAUCACCUUGGCGGCAAAGAUGGUUUCAAAGGCUGGCAGUGGCUCUUCAUCAUCAACACAGUCAUCUCUCUGCCGAUAGCCUUGGCCGGAUACUUUAUGAUUCCCGACGUGCCAGAAAUCACACGGGCAUGGUAUUUGACGCCAGAUGACAUUGCCAUUGCUCAGAAGAGGAUGCAGCUGGAGGGAAGAGCCAACCGCGCCCCAUUUACCAAAGCCAAACUGAAGAGCAUAUUUUCUAGCUGGCACAUCUACCUGCUCACUCUGCUCUACAUAUUCUUCAAUAACGGCGGCGGCGCGGCUUCUCAGCCUGCGUUUUCACUGUGGCUCAAGAAAGAAGGAUACAGUAUUACACAGAUCAACACAUACCCCACCAUCACGACUGCAAUUACCGUCGUCACGACAUUGGCUUAUGCUUGGACUUCAGACACGAUAUUCAGAGGAGAAAGAUGGCCACCAAUUGUAUUCUCGGGCAUCAUGAACAUUGUCGUUUAUGUUAGCCUAACAAUUUGGAACAUCCCGAUUGGCUGGAAGUGGGCUUGCUUCUUUUUGGCUGGAUUCAGCGGAGGCAUCAGCGGCCUGACAUUUGCCUGGGCUCACGAAAUCUGCACCGAUGAUAACGAAGAGCGAGCGCUAGUGACAGGUACCAUGAACGAAAUGGCUUAUGUGGUUCAGGCAUGGCUUCCGCUCUUGAUCUGGCAGCAAGUGGAAGCUCCCGAAUACCCAAAAGGAUACCCGACAAGCAUUGGAAUCGCCGUCGGAUUGAUAAUAAUGGCUUUCUGGAUAAGGCAUGCCCACCGACGAGAAAAGCGCAGGAAGCAGAUCGCGGAGGAUGAGUCGAUUUUACGUAUAUCCGCAGCAUGA